AUGACAACCCUGUUCAACUCCUCCCAGGAGAUAGUGUUUGUGCUGCAUGGACUGAAUGUGACGCAGACAAACAGACACAUCUACUUUGUAUUUAUUCUUGUUCUAUAUCUCUUUACCAUUUUUUGGAAUCUUACACUGAUUUUUACAAUUUUUCUGGAGAAAAUGUUACAUGACCCAAUGUAUUUUUUCCUCUGUAAUCUGUGUAUUAAUGGUAUCAUUUGCGCUUCAUCUUUCUACCCAAAGAUACUUAAUGACAUUUUAUUUGACUCUCAUGUAAUAACAUAUAUUGGGUGUCUAACCCAGAUAUUUUUCAUCUACUUAUAUAUCUAUUGUGAAUUUACAAAUUUAACAGUGAUGGCUUAUGACAGAUAUGUUGCCAUCUGCAAGCCACUCCACUACCACUGUAUUAUGACUAUUAGAAAAGCGUGGUCACUGAUUCUUUUAACAUGGCUUUUCUCAUUGCUAGAAAUGACUAUUGGAAUAGUGCUAACAGCUAGGUUACCCCUCUGCAGUGUUGACAUUGAUAAAUUCUACUGCUCAAAUUGGGCGGUUGUGAAGCUGUCGUGUGUUGACACCACCCCGAACAAUCUCUACGGUUUCAUUUUUACAUCAUACCACUUUUCUCAAAUGAUACUUAUCUUGAUAUCAUAUGUGAACAUCAUCAAAGCAUCUUUGCGUUCUCAGGCAGGAAGGAGGAAGUUCAUGCAGACCUGUCUGCCUCAUCUGAUCACACUGACUAACUUUGUCAUAUCUCUUCUCUUUGAUGUGAUGUACGCUCGCUAUGGCAGCAACACCAGUCUGUUGGCCCUAAGGAAUAUCAUGGCUGUGGAGUUUCUAGUUGUUCCUCCUCUGUUAAACCCUAUCAUAUAUGGAAUGAACCUCAGUCAGAUUCGGAAUAGAGCAAGAAAGAUGUUCUACUGUAAAGUUUCUGCUCUAAGCUAA